CCCCCUCUUCCACCCCCCAAAAGCGCUCUGGGUGGCAGAAGGGAGGGUACGUGGAGCUGAGCUAACACGCGCCCGUCAGAAAGCAGCUUCUCCCGGAGCCGCUGCUGCGUGCUGCGCUCCGUCCCCUGUUCCCGGGCUUGGAGCCGAGGGGGGCCGGAGCGGAGCCGCGAUUGGGCUGGGCCUGAGUGGGUGGCGGCCACUCCCGGCUCUGCCGCCGCCUAAGGAGGCUGAACUCUGCUCCUCAGCCCGCUCCCGCCUCCUGCUCCCUCCGCCCUCGCCUAGUGCCGAGCGGGGCUGCGGCGAGCCUUCAAGGUGGCACGGCGGGGACCUGCGCUCCCGGCCGGCGCGGGGAGUGAGAGGCACAUGCCGCCCUCCGGGCGCCCCUUCUCCUGCCUUCCGGAGCGGCUGAGCAGGCGGGGGCCGGAUCUCGGAGGAGCGGACCCGCGGAGCUGCCGGGAAGAUGCUUUCUUGUCCCCCCAGAGACAGUUGCUGCUUUAGCCCCAGACCUGUCUGACUUUAGUGGAGAGAUCAUGACUGAAGUCCUCUUUUCAGCUGUUUUGAAUGGGACUGAAACCAACAUUCUGUCAAACACUGGCUGGACUCUGGGAAAUGCCACUACCAAAUGUUCCCUUACCAAAACCGGCUUCCAGUUCUAUUACCUACCCACUGUCUACAUUCUAGUCUUUAUCUCUGGAUUCCUGGGCAAUAGUGUGGCGAUCUGGAUGUUUGUCUUCCACAUGAGGCCUUGGAGUGGCAUCUCAGUUUACAUGUUUAAUCUGGCAUUAGCUGAUUUCUUGUAUGUCUUGACACUCCCUGCCCUCAUCUUUUAUUACUUCAAUAAAACUGACUGGAUCUUCGGAGAUAUCAUGUGCAAACUGCAAAGGUUCAUCUUCCAUGUGAACCUGUAUGGCAGCAUUUUGUUUCUGACUUGCAUCAGUGUGCACAGAUACACAGGGGUAGUGUAUCCUUUGAAAUCACUUGGGAGACUGAAGAAAAAGAAUGCUGUUUACAUCAGUACCCUUGUUUGGGUCAUUGUUGUAGCUGGGAUUUCUCCUAUAUUGUUCUACUCUGGAACUGGGCUAAGGAAAAAUAAAACCAUUACAUGUUAUGAUACUACAACUGAUGAUUAUCUGAGAAGUUACUUCAUUUACAGCAUGUGCACCACUGUGUUUAUAUUCUGCAUCCCAUUUAUAUUGAUUCUUGGUUGUUACGGACUAAUAGUGAAAGCUUUGAUUUACAAGGAUUUGGACAAUUCUCCUCUUAGGAGAAAAUCAAUUUACCUGGUUAUUAUUGUGUUGAUGGUCUUUGCCGUGUCUUAUCUUCCCUUUCAUGUGAUGAAGACAUUGAAUCUAAGAGCCAGACUGGAUUUUCAGACUCCACAAAUGUGUGCCUUCAAUGACAAAGUAUAUGCCACUUACCAAGUGACAAGGGGGUUAGCUAGUCUCAACAGCUGUGUAGAUCCUAUUCUGUAUUUUUUGGCAGGUGAUACUUUUAGAAGUAGACUUUCAAGGGCAACCAGAAAAGCGUCUAGAAGAAGUGAGCUCAAUAUGCAAUCAAAAAGCGAGGAAGUGACUCUCAAUAUUUUAGCAGACUAUAAAGUGAAUGGAGACACGAGUUUGUGAAUGCAAAAGAUUUGCAAGCAGUUGCAAAAAACAAAACAAAAAACUGUCCGUUUUUAACACAGUAAGAUGCUCUAGUGCCAUGACUGUUUGGGGAAAAUCUACUGAACCGGCCAGCAACCUUGCUCUUUUUGUGUCGGGGAGUGUCUCAUUUUGUGAGUUUAAGGAGAACUUAAGCAAAGUAAGUGUUUAAAAAAAAAAAAAAAAAUUGUAAAGGCGGGGGGGGGGAAACGCAUCAGAUUUCUGUUUUUAACCUUUUUUUAAAAAAAUGCUCACAAUAGUAUAUCUUACUGAUUGGGGUCAGAUAAAAUAAGACCAAGCAAAGCCCAUAGAGGAAAUAAUAGUUUCAAAUGUGCUGCUGUUAUUAAUUCUUUUCUCUUCAUUAAUAAUAACAGAUUUUUUAAAAAAUAAAUCUCCAAGAAAAAUAAACUUCUUUUCUGGGCCUCUGUCCAUACUUCCAUCCAUAGCCUCUUCUUUUACACUUACACUAUAAAAAAUUGUUUACAUUAAGAUCAUGAUGCAGCAAUCUUGAACAUUAUCUUGUGAUUUCUGUAUCUUCUACUUUUGGAGCAAAUGAUAAUAUUUUGGUAGCUCAGUGGUGCCCUUUCUGGUUCUAUCUUCGCUGAAGGCUUGAUUCCUAUAAGGAUAGGUUCUAGGCCCAUGUGUAUUAUGACUCUCACAAAUUAUUGUGAUUGUAUGUGAAAACUAAGGGUGAAAUUUUGGCAAUGUUGAAGUCAAUGCUAUUGAUUUUAGAGGGGUCAGAAUUUCACCCGGAUGUUUCCACACAGACUGAUGUCUAUUUUGCUUUUUGUGCAAGCAGCUACCUAUGCACACACAAUCACAGUACAUUUUGAGUGUAGAUAUCACCUACAAAUUUGAGUACAAAAAAUUGGUACUACAUAUCUAAAUAUCCGAUAUUUCAGUCCUUGCUAAAGUAAAACUCUCAUUGUCUUCAAUGGAAAGAACCAAAUAAUGGACCUGAAUAAGGACUGCAGGAAUGGGCUCUGCUUGGGCAAAUGGCAGGACCAAAUUUACAGAUUUGGAAGAGGCUUGCUCUUUAGAGUUACAAAUUUUGGCCAACACUUCACUGCGGCUCUGACACUCAGCAUCUGAUGCUGGAAGUUUGUGUGAAUUCUCUUAUGGUAACAAACUCUAUUAUUGAAAACACUUCAAUUUUUAUCCACAUAAAAGCCAGAGAUAUUUGAAUUAUCUUGUAUCAGAGGGGUAGCCGUGUUAGUCUGGAUCUGUAAAAAGCAACAAACAACCUUAUAGACUAACAGAUGUAUUGGCGCAUAAGCUUUCGUGGGUGAAUACCCACUUCAUCAGACGCAUGUGUACAUGGAUUCUUCAUCUUCAUUCACAUGCAUCUGAUGAACUAGGUAUUCACCCACAAAAGCUUAUGCUCCAAUACAUCUGUUAGUCUAUAAGGUGCCACAGGACUCUUUGUUGCUUGAAUUAUCUUAACCUUCAUUUGGUACAAGCAUUUUUCACUUUCUUAUCUUGUGUGAUAACAAGCUGUUUCCCAGGCAAAUUCUUAUCAAAAUGGGUUAAAGAACAAUAUUUGUUGGAAUCAGAGGAAAAAAAAAAAAAAGAUAAACUUCAACCUUUUUUUUACUGUGAAUAAAGAAUUACUGUAUCAACAAAAUGUUGCAAUACACUGCCAAUAAUUUCAUGCUGGGGAGUGGGUACCUUCAUAAUUUGUCUCACCCAAAUGUGUAAAAGGGUCACCUAAAAUUGGGCAGAAUAAUACAUUGUGUAAUGCAUCCGUUAGUGAGGAGUUGAACACAGACAGAAUCUGUGGGGAACAAAACCUUAUUUAUUUCACAUGGAUAUUGUUUGAAAUGUGUCUGAAAGUAUUAUUGAAUCUGGCGCACAAAAUGGUGUGAUAUGUAAUCAGUAAAUGGUUUUAACAAAUCCUCAGCCCCCACAAACUUUAUACUAGGAAUAAAAAUAAACUAUUUCUAUUUUGCUUAUUAAUUUCCAAGGACUGACUACAUGCAGAAAAUGAAUAGCUCUAGAGAUCUCUUGACUACAUUGUUAAGCAGCUUACAUUCAGAAAUAUAAAACUACUUAACCUGCAAAAACUAUUUAUUUAACUUAUUUAUUGGAAGACUAAGUACAAAUGUGAAGUGUUGUCUAAUAACAUUUUAAAUGAUUCUGUUUUUCAUAUUUUCAUAAUUGAGCAUUAAUGGAAAAAAUAGAAUGGCAUGUUUGAAUUGUUGUAAUUGUACUCUAAUGGAACAUCUUUUAUAAUAAACUAUCAGAUCCAGCCCUGCAAGACAUUUUGGACUACCAUUUGCUGUUGAUGUGCAGUCUACACAUAAAUUAAGCUACUGUUUAGCAAGCAUAAUAUUUUACAGUAAUGCUAAAAAUCUCAUUUAAUCCUAUAAAUCCAAGAAAAUGUAAAGCUAAUAGAAAAAGUUAAGGCUAAUGCUCCUCUUUGUGACAAAACAUUGUUGAAUGUACAGACUUUGGUUCUCAUUUAUAAGGCUAAGACUACCUUAAAGACCUUACGGUGGCACAGCUAUAUCGCUGGAGCUGAGCUGCUAUAAGGUCUCCUGUGUAGCCGCUCUGUGCCGGUGGGAGAGAGCUUUCCCGCCGACAUAGCUCUGUCCACACAGGCACUUUUCUCUGUGAAACUUAUGCCAUUUUCACUCCCCUGACUGACAAAAAUUUUGCUGACAAAAGUGCUAGUGGAGACAAAGCCUAAGGCUCCUUUACGCUGCCAGAGAAUGAGAAUCAGCCCCACAGUACAUAGUGUGUAACUAUGCACUUAUGAGACCACACUUAACUGAGACAUGCACUGGUGGGCUUGGCAGAUGAAUUAAGGAUAGUGUCAGAAUGGAUUUGCAGACUGUGCAAUGAAUGGGUUUUCAUGGGUUUAAAAUCAUGUUAUUUUUACAGUUUUGUGGUCUUUUUUCCUUCAAUUAGGGAAUAAAAUGUUGCACUAAUUAGGAAUUUUUUGAAGCAUGAAACACACGUACUCAAUAGAUAGUCAAGCCUCAGAUUCAGAUAAGUCUGUAUUUAGAUACUUUAAAAAAAAACAUAUAAUCAACCUACUUUUUAUUUUUUUAAAUGUGUAUCAAAGCUGUGCUAAACCAUAUUGGCUAUUCAUUAAUGUAUAUUAGACCUUAAAAAUCAAGAGCAGCAACAAAAUUUUAGGGAUGCCAUUGUAACACAUAGGUACAGCUCAUAAUGAGGGGCAGGGAGGAUCUGCACAACUCUAUGGGAAACUCGAAGGCAAUAUUUACCCUCCUUAAGUGGCAGAAUGCCCGCCGCUCUGCUCCUUUAUGGGGUACACCAUUCUCCCUACAGCACACUGGUUUCCAAACAUGGACUCCUGCUGUGCCUUCCACACAACAGUGGAAAGUUAAUUUUUACUCAUCUUGCCUGCAUACACUCACUUAAAGAGACCAGCCCAAUACCUCACUAUUGUCCAUUGUGGUAGUAUUGUAUGUAAUCAGGAUUAUUUUUUAAAGGUGACUUGCAGAGGCAAGGCACCUCAUUCCAGUAUCUUUAGCCCAGUUAUGCCCUGGAAAUUUCCAUGGUGCAGUUAGGAGGGGCAUUAAGUACAUUUUUAUCUUAAAACUUAUUCUAUUUUCCUUCUUUCAGGUCCUGUGACAUUCAGAACUACCAACAACCAGUACCACCAUCCUAUUCUGAUGUGAGUCCCUGACAUGCACCAUUCUGAGAUGACACAACUACCACUGAGUUCAGCUGGAACAUGGAGCUGGUCCACAGAAUCUCACGUUAAGUCCCCACCUUUUUUUUUUUUUUUAACAGUAAUGUAUUUGGCACACAUUCUGCACCUCAGAGUAGAUAGAGCUACUGCAAAAUCAUGGCACAGGAUAACAAGAGUGACUCUAACUCAGUGCUCCAGCAUGACUACUUUGUACCUGCAACAUCACAGCAUGGUGUGUGUUGGGUAAUCACAUCCGAGGAGGAUCUGGCCAACUGUCGCAGGGCUGGAUGUCAUGGGACCAGAAAUAAAUUGUUUUCUUGCUCAGUGUGGCAUAGCUCCUGGGGGAAUUUGCCAAAUAUAUUGGUAAACACUACUGCUAUUUGGGAUUUAAUCUUAUUAAAAUGAAUUUAAUACUAGUGAAAGGUAACCAGCCUGAUAGGCCUUGAGACCAAAGGACCCCCCUCCAUCUAUUCACAGCACUAGCAUCAGCAGAGAAAAUCCCCUAACAUGCCUCUCACCACAUCUCUCAUGCUUACCCUAGUGGAACCACCUCUAGGUAUGUGAGGAGAAUACAGUUUUCAUUUCCAUUCAGACCUUUGCUGACACUGCUGAGAAUGAUGCCAUUUAGUGACAAUGAUGACAGUGGGAUUUUGGACUCAGGCAAUCACCUCCUUACACAAAGUCUGCCUAACGGUACUGACUUAACUCUUUAGUGUGAUGGGCCGGACUUGAACCUUGAGCCAGCUAUUUUCUCUUGGCAUCUUUGCUGGUAGUCUUCUAAAUAUACAUUUAUUUAUUUAGAGAUCCAUAAAAGCUCUUGAUAAACACUUUUUAUUUAAAAAAAAAAAACACUUUUAAAGAAAUGAAUAUUUGACCUAAACAGAGCUACAAUGAUCUAUACAGAAACAAAUGACUGUUCGUGGUAUAUUUGCAUUUUAUAGCUCCAUGGGGUCAAAUUUGCCUCAUUUAUGCCGAGGUGCUCCCAGGAGGGAUAAUGUUUAAUACAAAACGAAGCAACUGUAAUCUAGUUACUGUAUGUGGGCUGUGGGCACUUUAGAAACUUCAAUAGCUUGAUAUUUUGGCUAUUUAAAUUUGUUGUUUUUAAACUAGCAGGUUUGAGUCCAGUUUAUACAUUAGUAGCCUAAUGAAAAUUUAAUUUUAAAGACACCAAGUGCCAAAUUCUGCCACUGGAUGCACAUGAGUAACUCCCAUUGAAUUUAGGGAUAGCUUCCCAUGCGCAUUUGAGGAUAGAAUUUGGGAUUGAGUUAUUAUUUUAUAGAACUAUCUAAUAAGCAUGUUGUUAUAGCUCAGUGGUUUGAGCACUGGCCUGCUAAACCCAGGGUGGUUGUGAGUUCAAUCCUUGAGGGGGCCACUUAGGGAACUGGGACACAAAAAAACAACAACAAAAAACCUGUCAGGGACAGUACUCGGUCCUGCUAGUGAAGGCAGGGGACUGGACUCAAUGACCUUUCAAGGUCCCUUCUAGCUCUAUGAGAUAGGUAUAUCUCCAUAUAUUAUUAUUAUUAAGGGUCGCAUUACACCAUUGCAACAUUAAAACCCAUGGUAGGGAUUUUCCUAUAGUCACUGAAUCCUUCCCUCAUGAGGAAAAACGGGAUAACAGUGAAGGCAGGGGACCCAGGACCUGUACACCACAGCUCUGCCAAGGGCCAGUACUUCUCCCUUCUGGCAGCAUGGCUUCUUAAGGAGAUGUGGGGUUGCUACUGGUCAUUCCAACUGAGCUUGUGCUAUUUUUCCCCCUCUGUGGAGAAGAUACAGUGCAGACCACAGGGUGGAGAAUUAACUCCUGCUCCUUUUGCCCACUGCAUUUCCACUGGAUUCUGAGAGGCACAUGCUAUGUAAAAUGGCUGUUCCUUUUAUUCGCUCACCGCCUAUCCCCAAAAGUGAGUAGAGUUCCUCUGGGUCCCAGGCACAGAAGAAGGGGAAAACAUGCUAUCCUGGCUUGGCUUACUCCCACUGCUUCUGGGGCAUUUUUGCCCCAUAUUGCUUUAGUCUUUUAUUUGGUCUCCUGUGUUCCUCACAGCCAAAGGAAGUCCUAACAUCUUGCCCAUUUUCCAAAAAUGUAAAUUAAUACACAUUAAUAUCCAAGCGUUAUAGUGUCCACUUUCUGCCUCAAGUAAAGUUUUGCUGGAUAGUCUAUAUGCUUCCCCAUGGGGUAAAUUCUACAUGCAGUUCUCUCUAGACAUUUAUUUCAUGCUCAUGAGCAUGGCUUCUGAGUACCUAUGUGGGCACAAUGCCAUGAAAUAUAUCUGGAAGUUCUAGAACUAAUAAUACCUAGCAUUCAUAUAAUAGCUUACAUGUUCAGUGCGGUGUUAUACAAACAUUAAGUCCUCUCUAAUGUAGGUAAGUAUCAUUAUUCCUAUUUUAUACACAGGCAAACUGACACAGAGAGGUGAAGCAAAUUGCCUAUACAGUUAAUCAGCAACAGAGCCAGGAUUAGAAUUUGGACGAUUCUGACUCCCAAACCAGUGUUCAUUCAGCUGACCAUGCUACUUCUUGUACAUGUAAUUAAUGGGAGUCUUGCAUGCAUGAAUUUGACCGUCACAAGGAAGUUGUCUGAGAACCACUAAAAAAUCCUUAACUACAGUAUAGUAGCUUGACUUGCAGCGUUUUAUAACUCUUACAUUUGCUGUAUUAUUUUUAACUCCAGAUGUUUUUGUCACCAUUGAUAAUUUGACCACUUAAUCUGUAUCUGUUACACAAUGUUAUGUCUGGGAUGUAAAUUGUAUUGGCAUCAUCAUUUCAAACUAAUAUGAAGGAAUAAAAUGUGAUUUACAUGCUUAAUGUUUUGUGAAUUUGGACUACAGUGUGUUUCAAGUGCAUAUGUGAAAAUGUUUAUUUUUCUAUAAUUCUAUGAGAUUAAUAUUGUUUAGUGUAUCCAAAAUUUGUGAUUAGUACUGCCAUUUAAUUUGACUUGCCUAUAGAGACAGUGUUACUCAAUAUUUAAGCUUCUCAGGUUCUGUAGUUGAUUUAAAUCAAUAGUAACUAAAAAAACUAGUUGUGCAUAACUCAUGAAUAAAAUGAUUGUCUAUUUUCUAUAAAGCACUGUGUCAUUUGCAUGCAGUUUUUGUGUAAGGCAUGGUGAUAAAAACUGUAACUAUUUUUAGUGACAACAGAACCUCAAUGCAACCACCAGAGUUACUGGCAUUGUACCUAUCAACUUCAGACUAAAUAAAACCCAAUAAAAUUAUGAACACUG